AUGGCCGACCGCUACUCCUUCUCCCUGACGACGUUCUCGCCCAGCGGCAAGCUGGUUCAGAUCGAGUAUGCUUUGAACGCCGUCAACCAGGGUGUUACCGCCCUUGGUAUCAAAGCCACCAACGGCAUCGUCCUCGCGACCGAGAAGAAGUCUUCAUCCCCGCUCGCCGACCCCAGCUCGCUGUCCAAGAUUAGCCUCGUCACCCCGAACAUCGGCAUGGUCUACUCCGGCAUGGGCCCCGACUACAGAAUAUUGGUGGACAAGGCCCGCAAGGUUUCGCACACCGGCUACAAGCGCAUCUACAAUGAGUACCCCCCCACGCGGAUAUUGGUGCAGGACGUCGCUCGUGUGAUGCAGGAGGCAACUCAAUCUGGUGGUGUCCGUCCCUACGGUGUCAGCUUGCUCAUCGCUGGCUGGGAUGAGGGAAUCCUGCCCGAGGACGAGGCCGAGGCCCAGGAGGGCGAGGAGAAGAAGGCCACCGGCAAGACUGGUGGUACUCUGAAGGGAGGACCCAUGCUGUACCAGGUUGAUCCUUCUGGCAGCUACUUCCCCUGGAAGGCGACGGCUAUUGGCAAGAGCGCCACUUCAGCCAAGACAUUCUUGGAAAAGAGAUACACGGAGGGCUUGGAGCUUGAGGACGCCGUGCACAUUGCGCUGCUUACGCUCAAGGAGACCAUUGAGGGAGAGAUGAACGGAGAGACCAUCGAGAUUGGUAUCGUUGGACCCCCGGCGGACCAUCUGCUCGGCAUUGACGGCGUUGAGGGUGCCAAGGGCCCCCGAUUCAGGAAGCUCAGUCCUCAGGAGAUUGAGGAUUAUCUCACGAACUUGUAA